AUGAACGAAUGCACGCCGAGUGCGGGAUUACGCGAAAAAUUAAAGAAAAACUUGUUAAUUACCAGCGUGCUGUCACAAUUGCCUCCGUUCCUCGUCAGCGCUGGUUCCGCAUUGCGCUCAAAUGAUGAGACAUUACCACACAGUUUUUGGGCAUCUUUGGGCAUUGUAUGCCUCAUGCUGCUCGUUACUCAGCCAUGCAGCGUCUCUUCGUUAUCACAGACGCCGCCGGACCACCUGGUGCCACCGCCCCUGCCCACGCCACAGCGUUUGCAGCAUAGCUUUGCGCAAUCAGAAGCACUGCGUCCGCCGCCACCACCACCGCCUUCAUCCGCCUUGGGGGCGACAAGCGCUCAGCAUCCGGACGCACCCGGACCAGGCUUUAUGACCCGUAUUGCUCGCUGGUUCGGCCUCGGCGCGCCACCGCCACGCGAACAGCAACUGAGUGCCAGCUCCCAUAGCUAUGCGUAUCCAAAGCCGGCGCAGUCCUACGAUGGCAAGCCUUGCAGCCUCUGCAACAAAUAUCCCUGGGUGCCCAUGCUGCCGGCGCAGCUUCAACCACACCAGCAGCACCAGCACCAACAAAAUUUCCAAAACACUUGGCCACAAUUGGAGGCACAACCAUCACAGCACAAGCAACGUGCCGUGCAAUUCCAUGCACCACAACAGAGUCUCUUUGUGCCCAUGACACUGCCGGGUGCAUUGAGCUCCGUGGCUCUGCCGCCUCUUUACAAUGCACAGCCCUUCCGGCCGUUAAUUGGAGGCACCUCCGGAGCACCCUCGUCUACACUGAGUGCGCAGCAGCUGCCCACGACGCAACCGGCGCAUUUUGCUGAGAACGUGGGCGCCCAUUCGGAACUGCGACCGGAUCGUGUGCCCGUCUUACCCACACAGCUGCCACCUUCCACUUAUCCAGCGGUCCAACACCAUAGCAACAACAAGGACAGUAGCUUUGAGAUUGUGCCGAGCCAUCAACUAACCGACUUUGUCACCUCGGUUGAGUAUCCCGCGACUUUUGUGCAGUCGCAUGCCAUCGACUUGGGAUCCUCCGAUGGGCUGCCCCAACAAGAGCAACAGCAUCAGCAGCAACACCAACACCAACAAGAGACGCUCGAUGUUGGUACUGUGCGUUACCAGCUGGAGGAUUUGCAAAGCGGACCCUUAAGUCAACAUGUGCCCGCGUCACAGUUGCUCACCGAGCUGGGUCACUAUACGGCCGCCACUCAGCUGCUGGAGCACACCUCCAGCACUCCUUCGGUGGAACUGGAGACUCAACCAACAACGCCGGCGCCGUCGCAUUAUUACGAGACACCUGCGGCGGACAACUUUCCGGCGGCUUCGUCGCAGCAACAGCAACAACACAAUCAUUACGCGCUUUGGCGCGCCCAGACGGAUGUGGAUUAUGUGGAGGCGCUGCCCAGCACCAGCACAUUGCAGCCGUUUUACGAGCAGGUAGACUACACCUCCACACAGCCACCAGAGCCGGAAUCAGAGCCAGCUGUUGAAUUGAACAAUAAUCUGGCGGGGGGCGUACACUCGAAGCUUCCGUUCCGAUUGCGCGAUCGUGACACGCCGAAGCGGCUGCUUGAUGCGCCCAUCAAAUACGUUCAGCAGGGCGCUGGACCACCGCCACGUCCCUUCACACGCGAUCCAGCCGACCUUAACUUUCGGCUGAGUCAAAUGUACACGCCCACGCAGCAACCUGUGACGGCCAGUUUGGCUGUCACCCAACCGCCUACGCCCACCUCAACAUAUGGCGCCAUUGAUGCCAGUGGCCAGUAUGCGGGCAUGUCGCCGCCCAGUCCUCAGCAGGUCAUCAUACCGUACACCACCAAGAACAAGCCGCGACCCUUCGAGCCGACGCGCAGCGGCAACAUCGCCUACGAUGGCUGGACGCAUGCGCAGGGCCAUGCCAACGAUGUGGAGCUGCACGAGCAGCAGGAAUCGAAACUGGUGAGCACGGCGACGGCACCACCACCGCCAAAUACGCGACGAACCACCAAAUACCUCACCAAGAUUCUGGCCUCCAAUCUGCGCGAAUUGCUGAAGCGGGAGCGCGAGACAAAGAGUCGCCCCCUCGGCCAUAGCUUCGAUAUUGGCAAGUUGCAGCAGAACAUCGAUGGCUGGACAGAGCAGGAGUAUACCUCGCUAUCCCAUCGGCCCAGCACGCCCACUAUUCGUGGCCGUUCCAAGCAUAUACCCACAGAGUACUUAACCACGACUACGACACCGACGCCGCGACACUCGAAGACAAAUCACGGAGGCUUUGAGCUAGGCGGCAGCCACAGCGGGGAUGCUGACGUCGGCGAUCUCUCCACCUCCAUUAAUAAUCUGGAGCAUCGUGGCAGUAAGCGUUUCCAGUAUGUGUCGCCCAUCGAGGAUAAUCGUCUGUUGGACUUUUAUGAAGCGCAGCAACGGACGCGUACACCAGCCACAACCACCACCCCAAUGACGCCCACUAGCACCCCCCUGGUCAGCACCACCGGGGCGACUGACGACGAUGACAAUGACCCCAAGGUGACGCCGCUCUAUGUACGCGGCGCGGUGCCGACGCUGGCUCCCGCGGAGCUGUGGCAAAAGGCCAAGGUUGCCAUCCUGCCACAGACUAAUGAGAAAGUCUAUGUGGUGACGCCACAGCCGCGUUACUACAGCACCGAGGCGCCACCGCCGGCCCCAGUCUAUAUAUCGCCAGCGGCGAAAGCCAGAUUUAUGGUGCGUCCCACGCCCGGCAAUGUUGCACAGGCCGCAGCAACGCCAUCGUCGGCGCAACAACACAAUUAUACGCCCGACAUUUUUGGACUGAUGGGUCUCUCUGCCUAUGUGCCUGCCGAUCCUGUGGAGAUCAUCGAUGGCAACUCCAAAGUCAUCACCAUCGUGACGCCGACACCUAAAGCAGCGGCCCUGCAACGCCUGCCAGUGACAGCGAAGCCAACAAUGUCGCCAUCGCCUAGAUAG